AGGAGCGAGGGGACGCGACGGCAGAGAAGCGUCUGUGGCUCACCGUUGCUAGUUGGAGGGGGCGCGGCUCUCCUUUCCCCUCCACACCAGCACCUGUAUGGAUGACCACUUCGGCCUCCUCGACUCGCCUCCGCCUUCGUCCACCAAGCAGAGGGGCAACAUUAUCAAUAACGGCUAUACUGAGACAGAGCAGGACGUCAUGACAGUUGUUGCCUGUGACAACAUGCUAGAGGAGACGGCGGCGCUCCCCGGUCACCUUUCCUUGGACCGUUACGAGCCCGACCACGAAUGCUGCGAGAGAGUUGUCAUCAAUAUAUCGGGCUUGCGCUUCGAGACGCAACUUAAAACUUUCAACCAGUUUCCAGAAACGUUGCUCGGGGACCCCAAAAAGAGGAUGCGCUACUUCGACCCGUUGAGAAACGAGUACUUCUUCGACAGGAAUCGUCCCAGCUUCGAUGCCAUCCUGUACUACUACCAAUCGGGUGGGCGUAUCCGUAGACCUGUUAAUGUCCCCAUCGACAUUUUCUCCGAGGAGAUCCGGUUUUACCAACUUGGGGAGGAAGCGAUGGAGAAAUUCCGCGAGGAUGAAGGAUUCAUAAAAGAAGAGGAGCGUCCUUUGCCCAACCACGAAUUUCAGAGGCAGGUUUGGCUGUUGUUUGAGUACCCCGAGAGUUCGGGACCGGCCAGGGGCAUCGCCAUCGUCUCGGUCCUGGUCAUUUUAAUUUCUAUCGUUAUAUUCUGCUUGGAAACUUUACCAGAGUUCCGGGACGACAAAGACCAAAGCACCAUAGCUCCUAUUAUAAACGGGACGGCCCCGUACCCAGCCAAUAGUUUUACGGACCCAUUCUUUGUGAUCGAGACCCUCUGUAUAAUCUGGUUCUCGUUUGAGCUGCUCGUGCGCUUCUUCGCCUGCCCCAGCAAAGCCACUUUCUCGAAAAACAUCAUGAACAUCAUCGACAUCGUGGCCAUCAUUCCGUAUUUUAUCACCCUGGGCACAGAGCUGGCGGAGAGGCAGGGGAACGGGCAGCAGGCGAUGUCGCUGGCCAUCCUCCGGGUGAUCCGGCUGGUGAGGGUCUUUCGCAUCUUUAAGCUUUCCCGGCACUCCAAGGGGCUCCAGAUUCUCGGGCAAACUUUAAAAGCCAGCAUGCGCGAGCUGGGACUGCUCAUUUUCUUCCUCUUCAUCGGAGUCAUCCUCUUCUCCAGCGCGGUGUACUUCGCCGAGGCGGACGAUCCGUCCUCCAGUUUUAGCAGCAUCCCCGAUGCGUUUUGGUGGGCCGUAGUCACCAUGACAACUGUUGGCUAUGGGGACAUGCACCCAGUCACCAUAGGUGGCAAAAUCGUGGGAUCUCUGUGCGCGAUCGCCGGGGUGUUAACCAUCGCUUUGCCGGUGCCGGUAAUAGUUUCAAAUUUCAACUAUUUCUACCACAGAGAGACGGAGGGAGAAGAGCACGCGCAGUACCUGCACGUCGGUAGCUGCCAGCACCUGUCCUCCGCGGAGGAUCUGAAAAGGACUCGUAGCACGUCCUCCCUCAGCAAGUCAGAAUACAUGGUGAUAGAGGAAGGAAUUAACAGCGCCUUCAAACAGCCAAACUUCACCACUCAAAACAACCAGAACUGCGUGAAUAUCACAAAGAUUUUCACAGACGUGUAAACGAAACUUGAUUUACGGGGCGCCACGUCACUUCUACCACCGUUGUUGAUAUUAAUCGUGGUGUGUCAGUGCAUAUAUUGCAUGGAGGCAGCGCUACGCAGGAGGCCCACUGAGUCAGUGAAGAUGCCUCGAGUCGAAAUAAGCUAGGUCUAAUUUGUGCUGUUUCAGGGCAAGUUUCAUGUGCACUUAUUCAGUUCGUUGAAUUGAGGCAGAAGUCACCAACCGUUGUUUGUUUUGUUCGGAACAAGCAGCGAAGAUGUUUGCUUCCAAUGCCGAUUUUAAUUGUUACGUGGAAUGUGCCUAGUAUUCAAUGUGUCUUUAUAAAGUCAUUAUAUGAAUAUAUUAUAUUAACUUGAACACAUACAUACUAUUUUAUUACACAGAAUAUCGUUAAAUGUUUGUGAACCAAAAUAAAAAUCGUCUGUAUGUUUAAAAAUUACCAUACAAAGUAAUUGAAGUUAAUGUAGCGUAUACUACGAUAUUGUUCCAUGUUUCUCUUGAUUGAAAAGGAGAAAAUUACAAAAAAUAUAUAUAAUAUCCGUAUAUUUUACUAAUUACAAAUUGUCUCACAUUUAAUACACUUGUUUUGUGCGUGCGUAACGUAACAAUCAAUGUAUUUGAUCGAUAUUGCGAGCGAAAUGUUUCCAUGAAGGUGUAGUGAUUACGCAUGUAAGGUGUAGACAGCGGGCUAAACGUGGCUUAUGAACUUGAAGCAGUAAUACAACAGACACGCGACCGGGUCUCAUCUGAGGCUAAGAGAGGAAAAAAGAGCACGCCUUUCACUGGAUGCUUCUAAUCCCGCCUUGAGAUGCAGUCUCCAUGGUGACGGUGGUUUCCUGGGUUACCCAGUAAUGUUGCCAUGGCAUCCUUCUCUGUUUCCACAGUAACCCCAGAGAUGGUUCAGCUUGCAAGGCCAAGAAAAUAAAGAAUGAACGAACGAAAGAAAAAAAGCAACAAAACAAUUUCAAAUGGAUUUAGGAUAAAAACUUAACAGAAUUAAUGGAUCACAAUUUACAUGAUACGUACAUAUCAAAAUGGCCCACGUAUGUAACGAAACACAAAAGAGUUUUCCUGACUGAAUUAUUCCUAUGAGCGAACUCAAAGCAUUUGAUUCGCUGUUCAAGUAAAUUAAACAAGUUGAGGUAACUUUAUUGAUAUUCUUCUCAAGACGGCACACACAGGCAGAGUCGCAGUCCACAAAAUAGGAAAACAGUGCAGUCUGUGAAUGGACUUCGUUUAUGAGCUCUAUAAAUCAAGUUUAUUAUCAUUACGUCUCGCAUACCUCACGGACUGCUAUACGCCGUCUGCCACAAUAUAUGAAUGUGGCUAAUAACUGAAUAGGCCCGGACUCGCACGCAUGGGUAUAGCGGAUGUGGGUUUACACCGGAACGGGGUUAUAUUUAUAAUAGAUUAGAGACGAAAAAGAACCUCAACUGCAAUUAGUACCGCAAAUGUCAUCUGACGCCAUUCAAAAAUCAAGGAGUCUUAUGCAAACCAACCGUACGCAUGGCAAUUAUCGCGGACUUCGUUAUGUAGGGCCCUCAUUACCGGCGAAAGGGACAUAGUGUUUCAUUGAUUGUCGCACAAGAAAGCUGCCAUUUUUUUACGGCAGAAAAGAGCGAGAGCUCGCUCAGUGGGUGGGUUUUAAUUAUUAAUUUAUUUUAACACUAUAAAUAAACAAGUGGCCAGAUGAAACCAUGCCCCCCGCGACUACUUUUGAUGCGAUUACAUUUACCUUUCAAGCGGAGAUGUGAUUGGACAGGAUGCAAGCAGAACACCCCUCUGAGCAUGUAGACUGAGCCGAAAGAGCACCACAUUUGGCUGUGUCAAGUCUACUGUGAACGUACAGUAUGUCGUAGCAAUCCACGCAAUCAGUACUAACAUUAAAAACAUAAGUGCCAUUUGCUGCAAUAAUAUUUGUUUUAUAUAGGAACAAAGUGAUAGAGAGAGAGAAAAUAAAAUAAAGAGAGAGAGAGAGAGAGAGAGAGAGAGAGAGAGAGAGAGAGAGAGAUACUGUAUGGUUUGAGUAUAAUAAAAAUGAUGCUAAUAAUAAUACUAAUACUAUUGCAAAUAAUAUUUAUACAUUAUCAUCAACAUAUUUAUGAAUAUGAAUUGUAAUUUGGAGUUGUCUAUGUUGUGUUACUUGCCAAAGCUGGGUUAUAAAUGUUUAUUUGCGAUUUUGUUCAGAGUUAUGAAUCUCCUCAUAUAUCGAGGAAUGUCUGCGCGUUUGAAAGCGAAGGGAUAAAUGGCAUAGCCCUGUAGGGUGACGAGUCCUGUCAAAUAAGAACGACUCUCAAUUGAGACAAAAGUCUUGUAACUCGCUGAACGCCAUUCCUGUGAGGCUGAUCUCACAUAUUAAUCUCUUUCCAGAACCUUAUUAGCGAAGCCAAAGGAUAUUCUCACCACAUGCGCCCCCUGCUGGGAGCUGUCAGUAUAGCACGCUGGCUGAUCCUUUCAACACCCAACCGUUCCACGCUCAGCCAAUCAGGGCGAAGAGCGAACAAGCUGCUCUUCAUCCAACAUGGAAAACUUUCCCUGUGGUCUUAACCAGAGCCAGCGAUUCCACCUCGUUUUGACUUGGGCUGUGUAA